AUGCUGACACAUUUGCAGCCUGAGCAUGAAGACUUCAUCUACCGAUUCCUCAAAGAUUCGCACAGUGCAUGGCUCGAACAGCAUCACCUUCUGUGGAGAUACGAAUUUGCAGCUUCGGCCACUGUCCACUCCCUUAUCACACAAGUUGCAAAUGACAUGAGAAAUUCCCCAUCAGCAUACCAAUUUGCAUCGGUACCAUCGCGAAAUAUCAGUAUCGUCGCCCACGAGGCUCUUCCACUGCAACUUUAUGGUCUUGUAGCCAGAGGAGUUCCUCGCCCUCGUGACCAAUUAGUUCGCAUCGUCUGCAUGCCCACAGACCCUUACUUUACCUUGGAGAUGGUCGCAGCUGACAGGAGAAGGUAUGCAGCACCUGUAUGCAUUGAGGGAGAUAGAUUUGCUAUACAUCUUGGAGUGACCCUCCCCCGAACAUCAGCUCUUAUCAAUCAUCGUAGGCACAAAUGCCUUGGUCUUCGGCUGCAUAGUUACCUUCCGACUGACAGUCAUAAAGAUGAUGGAUCUGACGAUGGUAUUGUUACUUCUGGAGGUGAAACAGAUGGGUAUGAUACCGACGAGUUUGAAAGUGAACCAGCCCCCAUCUCCAACUCAUCAGUCCAUGGAUUGUCAGUAAAUCCUCCAGCCAGGACGACAAGAAACACAACAUCUUCUGCUCUAGGCGAAGGCCAGAAUAGCCAAUCAUUUGUGAUGCCCUGGAGCUUUUUGCCUCCAAAAAUCUGGGAUUCACACUCCUGGACCCCACCACCAUCGCAAAAUCUCUACUCUAUUGAUCGCCUAGCUACACAGGUCUUUCAAACUGCCACCAGUGGCAUCUCAGUACCCAGGUUUGUUGUGGAAGGCAAUGAUGUUGCAGGUUUAUGUCAGCAUUUGGAUGCCUUCCUGACCCAGGCCAUCAAGGAAAACGACUUCACAACCAUCCUUUCGCCCAAUCGCACCUUCCAGAUCAAUGACCACAAUGGCGACAUGACUUCGCUCGGCAUUGGGAUUGAGCGAGAAGUUAUUCAUACUCUCUUCAGUUCCUUUAUCGACAAAUCAUGGCUCACUCCUCAUGCUGACAAUCAUGCAACACUUGCUGUUAUCUAUCCUGAGUCAUCAUGGGCCCUCAUUCCAGAGCAGCGAUUGGUUGGCUGUGCGAAGCUUGGGGCACUCACUGCCCUGAUGCUUAUUCAAGGCCACUGCCCAUCACCACUAGACCCACUCAUCCUUCAAUACUUCGUUCAUGAUAAAAAUUUCCACUCCUUAACCCCAACUUUUGUCGGCAAAUGGCACCCCAACCUCCGAACAGCAAUUUUUGACUGGGUUGAGGCUGGUCAUUCUGGUAAUAUCAGUCACUUUCAUAGCCACUUUGCUAGUUAUCUUGAUUUGGAGGUCUGUUCUAUCGGGCCUCGAACAGAGGCAUCACAUGGGGCAUUUAUCCCCCAGAUUUUAUACCAGACAGUCUUCGGUCCCCACCCUCCUUUUCAUCCUGAGUGGAAGGCCUUCUAUAAGGGGUUCAAGCUCUCCUGCAGAAAUGGGUUUUCGUUUCUUUCUGUUCCCAAAUCUUUCAAUGGAGGUUCCGAAACCUUCUUCAGUCUAUUGUGGACAUCGCAAGUCAAGAGCUACGAAUGCAUUAGAGCCUGCAUCCCCAAUAUUGCCACUUCGCAAGCCAUCCAGACAGCUCUUUAUAAUGCUGAUGAAGACAGGCUUUCCUUCGCAGAUUGCAUUGUACGAUUUCUGAAAGGUACUGGUCUUCCCUGCCCUGAUCGAUUCCAGGAUAUCAAGGGCAGGUUUGGGAACAGGUUUGAUUUUUCGCAGGUUGACUCACCAGCUUUCCGACCCCGUAUGUUUCUGUGGGCAGCUACAGGUGCACCAUUUAUUGACCCUAAUGAUGGGGAGAUUGAGAUUGCUGUUGUAGAGGCGAACCACCCGAUGUAUGCUGAAAAUGCAGUUCAGGGUCAGCUUAUGGCUUCGCAGGGAAGAAUUUCAUUCCAAACUUGCUCUAAAUCAGUUCGUUUUCCUGCCUGUCGGAUCCUUGGGCUGGCAGGUGAAAACAACCACACCCCCUUCCAUGAUCGUUUCGAUUACUGGAUACUUACUGAAAUUCUUGAAGCAAUCGGGGGCCACUCCAUUCUUUAG